CCGAGCUCCCCGGGCGGGCGGUGGGGACGUGGCGGAACGGGAGAGCCCCGCCGGCGGCGGAGGGGCGGGGGAGCCGGUGCGGCGCUGGGGGACGCAGCCUUGCCGCCGUAGUGGUGCAGGGAAACCGGUCUGCGGGGAUGCUUGUGCUUGAAUCGUGGGCCUUGUGUCAAUACGGUUUAUGAUCGAGUUUUUAUAAAAGUGAAAAGCUUGGUUUUGAUUCCCCCCCCCCCCCCCCCCCUUCUUAAUUCUGCGAGUUAUGUGUAAAGGCUGGCUGUGCUGCCUUUCACAUAGGAACACCAGUAGUCUUACUAUAGUUUAUUAAUGGUCUUUCUGCCCAUUUAUUACGUUAACUUGUAUUUUGAGAAAAUAUAUAGCAGUGUUACAAACCCAGCUUUAAAUAUUCAAUAUGUGGAAUUCAUUUGUCUGGAAGAUACUAAAACCCUUCAUCAGUGAUGAACUGCUUUCUCUGGUGUGUCCCAGCCUCCCAUAAAUCAGCACUGGCUUUGGGCCCGUGACGCGUAGUCUGUAAGUGUCUUUACUGAUUGAGAAGCUGAAACUAUUUGUUGGCUGUGAAAACUGGAAGAUGUUCAAAAAUCAGUAUCAGGGUGGCCCAUUUGUUGAAAUAUUCAGCGCUCAAGGCAAGAACCCAGGAGCAAAAUGGAAGAUUUUUGGCAAUCCAUCAGCUAUAUGGAAAGAAUAUGAUAAAGAAGUAAAAGGCUUUGUUUUUGUACUUGAAGGAAGCAGUCAAAUCAACAAAAUGCAGCUACCAAAGGAAACUAGACAAACCUUGGGACUGAUCCAGCAAUUUCUGACACUUCAGAUUUUUGUGCCAUUGGGACAAGACUUCUCCACUGAGUUACUGAUAACUGAUUUAGGAAAUAUUAAGAGAAGAUUGUAUUUAUCAACGGUCCACAAGGAGUUGUCUAUAACCCCUCUGCAUGCAAAAAUUCCUCUGUUUACAAUCAAGCGCAAAAUAUGGUGCAAUAUGUGUAUUGACUUGGUAGCAUUCACCAGUGAAAUAUUCAGAGGAGCUGUCUUCCAAUCUUUGGAUGGAAUUAUUAUUUCAGCUAACUGUAAACUGAGAAAGAUCUUCACUUUAAAAUCCAAGCCUCAAGAUACAGCUGAGGAAGAUGAUAUGUGUGUUGUUCCAUUUAUGCCGUAUGAGCCCACAGAUGUUAUUCCUCGAUCCUGCCAGCUAAAUACAGAUGUGCCACAGGUUACACAAUUGCUGAACCUCACUAAAAUUCACAAGCCAGAAAUAAAAUGCAGGAGAUACCCAGUAACAGUGCAAGAAACAGGUAGCUUGGUUAAUAGAGGACAAGGCAAUAUACGCAGCAGUAAAACUCAGCAUGCAUCACAUAUUGCAUUUGGAUCAAAGAUCCUUGGGCCACCUCCAUCUUCAAACAGAAGAGUCAGUGCAAGGGUAUCUGGAGAGGUAACAAAGGCCUGGGGUAGCAAAAGUAACAGAUCAUGGCGACUUCAAAGUUCAGGAAAGGGAACUGAAUCCGUACAAGACGUUGAGAGAUUGGAGCUAUCAUUCUCACCGUGCAAUGAUUCUUUAGACCAAGGAGGCAAAAGAAAUACUCCCCAAACAACUAAAGAUCUAUGUCAAAAUGACCCUGCAAUUCAGACUCAGAAAACCUCUGAGAGUGGAAGAGCAGAUUUUCAGCUCGCCUCACCACAAGGACCGUUAGCAGACAAGAACAGUCAUAGAAGAUUAUCUCUAAAAAAUGCAGCCAAAAACACAUGGGAGAUAACCAGCGAUGAAUGGGUGUUUCCAGAAAGUUUCACUGAGAGUCUUCAGUUGGAUAGGAGUGAGCAGUUCGUAGCUACUGAAGAUUCAGCCUGCCAUAAUUUAACCUCACCACAGAAUGUCUCCGUUGAACAUCACAGCAAUGAAACAGGUGAUCACCAAGUGAAUAAUAAAGAGAUUUUCACAUUUUCAUCAAGACCUCGAUCUGCUCCUCAUGGGAAGUCUCCAAAUAUGUCACCAGAAUAUUGCAUUUUCCCUUUGGAUUUGAAGCAAGACAGUAACGGAGUACAUGGGAAAACCCAAAUUGAAGAUAACUUUGAAGGAACUGACAGCAGUGAAGAGGAUGACAACAAUGAAUUCAUCCAGGAUACUGAGAAUCUUGAGAUCAGCCACAGCAGGCAAGGAACAUCUGAUUCAGCAAUUUUUAAAGAGAUCCCAUUAAAGAGGAUGUCAUGGAGAAAUGAAUACUGGAAGAAUAAGAGACACAGCAAACAUAACCUCGAAGAGACCAUCUUAUCAAAACCACAGAGUUCCACUGUGAGAAAACCAGAUUCUGUUAGCUCUCAAGGAAGCUUAAAGCCUACCCUUUCUCUUUCUCCAACUGCAAGUAAAACUGAAUUCUUUAAAGUAAUUCCAAAUGGAUCUGAAAGAUAUGAAGGAGUUUCUGGUCAGUUAAAAAGAUCUGUCAGUAAAAAGUCUCUCAAGAAAAUCUCCAGAGAAAAUUCAUGCCUGACAACACAGACUUGCGAGUAUGACUGGAAAAACUAUCAGUCAGAUAGACUGAGUUCAUCUGAACUACAGAUGCUGGCUAGCAUGAAGAGACAACAAAAUGAAGAAUUACAGGAUACUGGGAUUUCACAUGGGCUGAGCGCAUCACAGAUAGACAACUGCAACGUUAGCAUGAGUACAAGCAGUGAUGAUACAGCAACCUGGAACUCUGGUUUCCCACCACCCGUCAGUCAGGAGCAUCACUAUCAGAAAGAAAUGAGCCCACUUUCUCAUUCCAACCCACGGGACUGGUUGAACCUGUUCAGUCCUCCCAUCAUUCCUGGAAGCCAACAACUGGAAGAGCACACUAAAUCUUCAACAAAUCAGAGUAUUCCAGGUGAAGACCUCAAUGCUGAAGAAGAUGAGGAAGUUUUGACUCUUUUGUAUGAUCCAUGUCUGAACUGUUACUUUGAUCCAGAUUCUGGGAAGUACUACGAAUUGGCAUAGUCAGAUCAUGAGAGGAUAUCAUUUUGUAUUCAGAGUAGGUUUAUCUUUUAACUGUUUGUAAAGAGUGACUGAGCUGUAUAAUUUAUCAUGUAACUUAAAACCUGAAUUAACCAAUAGUUUUGCAAACAAAUAAAUAUAUUUUGUAAAUAGUUUUGUAUUAAGUUGUAAUGCAGUGGAAAAUCACAUAACAAAAAAAGUUCCUUGUGACUAAUACAUUUUAUUUGUUAGUCUAAUUUAUUUCCAAUAUUCAAAGGUUCUAUAUGGAAACAAAUGAAGUUGAAUCAAGGAGGUUUGUGGUGUUUAUCUGUAAAUUGUGGUUUUACUCAAAUAAAAGAAAAAUUCAUUA